AGAGUAGCGUUGUUGGUGAGAGCAGUGAGAGCAGUGUGGACGGCAGGAUGGGAGAAGAAGUGGAACGUUACUGUAGAUCAGUGUGUCCCCUUCCGCCCAGCGCCUAGGACGACGCCCAGUAACAACACCCGCCCAUUAGGAGCAAGUAAAUCCGACGGGCGAGGCUUUGUUCCCUAGGUUCUUCCCGGUGGACCGUUCACCUAGGAUGGAAAGGGCGAUGGAGCAGCUCAACGUACAGCUCAGUCGGCUGGACCCCGCCUCCUCCGCCGGGCCAGGACCGUGGAACUCCGGAAGACAAUGAGACUGCCGUGUACACACUUAUGCCAAUGGUCAUGGCUGACCAGCACAGAUCAGUGUCAGAGUUGCUGCUCAACUCCAAGUUUGAUGUGAACUACGCCUUUGGACGAGUGAAAAGAAGUCUGCUACACAUCGCUGCCAACUGUGGGUCAGUGGAGUGUCUGGUUCUACUGCUGAAGAGAGGAGCCAACCCAAACUACCAGGACAUCUCAGGCUGUACCCCUCUGCACCUCGCUGCUAGGAACGGACAGAAGAAGUGUAUGGGCAAACUACUGGAAUACAACGCUGAUGUGAACAUUUGCAACAAUGAGGGACUGACUGCUAUCCACUGGUUGGCAGUGAAUGGAAGGACGGAACUCCUCUAUGAUCUGGUCCAGCAUGUGUCCAACGUGGAUGUGGAGGACGCCAUGGGGCAGACAGCUCUACAUGUAGCCUGUCAGAACGGACACAAAACUACGGUGUUGUGCCUUCUGGACAGUGGAGCGGACAUCAACCGGCCGAACGUCUCUGGAGCCACGCCUCUUUACUUUGCCUGCAGUCAUGGCCAAAGAGACACCGCACAGAUCCUGCUCUCUCGAGGUGCCAAAUAUCUUGCUGACAAGAAUGGAGUCACUCCUCUGGAUCUCUGUGUGCAGGGUGGAUAUGGGGAGACCUGUGAGAUCCUCAUCCAGCACCACAGUAGACUUUUCCAGACCCUCAUCCAGAUGACACAAAAUGAUGAUAUGAAAGAGAACAUGCUCAGGCAGGUUAUGGAGCACGUCUCUCAGCAGAGCGACAGUCAUUACCUGAGGAUCUUGACCAGUCUUGCUGAAGUGGCUACCACCAAUGGACACAAGCUUCUCAGCCUGUCCAGCAGUUUUGAAGCUCAGAUGAAGAGUCUGCUGAGAAUCAUUCGUAUUUUCUGUCAUGUGUUCCGCCUGGGGCCUUCAUCACCCAACAAUGGCAACGACAUGGGCUACAAUGGCAACAAGACGCCUCGCAGCCAGGUCUUUAAGAUGUGUGCGAGACAGAUGGAGGUGGAGACGAUACAAAAAGAUGAAUGUUCCUGGACAGGUUCUGCUGUCUUUGAUCCACUGGAGCUGCUGUGGCACUCCCUGGACGAGUGGCUGGUCCUUAUCUCCACAGAGCUGGACAGGAACAGGAAGAACCCGUCUUCCUCCUCAUCCAGCAGCGAGAUAGCCUCUCUGCUUCUCAAACAGCGGGAGGUUGACCACUCGGGUUCCAUGUCAAAGCUACCCUCCUUACUGGACCCUCAGACCGUCAUGGAAACAGAGCUGUACGCCGACGGGGAGGACGUCAUCUCCAUGACGGCCAAUCGGCUCAGUGCUGUGAUCCAGGCCUUCUAUAUGUGCUGCUCCUGUCAGAUGCCUCAAGGAAUGACGUCCCCUCGCUUUAUUGAGUUUGUCUGCAAGCAUGACGAGGUGCUCAAGUGUUUUGUAACCAGGAAUCCAAAGAUCAUCUUUAACCACUUCCAUUUCCUCCUGGAGUGUCCAGAGUUGAUGUCACGCUUCAUGCACAUUAUUAAGGGCCAGCCCUUCAAGGAUCGCUGUGAGUGGUUCUAUGAGCAUCUGCUGGCUGGCCAGCCCGACUCAGACAUGGUUCAUCGUCCGGUCAACGAGAACGACAUCCUGCUCAUCCACAGAGAUUCCAUAUUCAGGAGUAGCUGUGAGAUGGUUUCCAAGUCCACCAAUGAGAAACUCAAGCAGGGCAUCGCUGUUCGCUUCCAUGGCGAGGAGGGAAUGGGCCAGGGUGUGGUUCGGGAGUGGUUUGACAUCCUGUCCAAUGAGAUCAUCAACCCAGACUAUGCUCUGUUCACUCAGUCAGCUGAUGGUACCACCUUUCAACCCAACAGUAACUCGUCGGUGAACCCAGACCAUCUGAACUACUUCCAGUUCGCAGGUCACAUCCUGGGUCUGGCUCUGUACCACCGCCAGCUGGUCAACAUCUAUUUCACCCGCUCCUUCUACAAGCACAUUCUGGGUAUCCCAGUGAGCUACCAGGAUGUGUCAUCCAUCGAUCCAGAGUAUGCAAAGAACCUGCAGUGGAUCCUGGACAACGACAUUAGUGAUCUGGGUCUUGAGCUCACCUUCUCUGUAGAGACGGAUGUGUUUGGGGCGAUGGAGGAAGUGCCGCUCAAACCCGGAGGGACCAGCAUCCUGGUCACCCAGGAAAACAAGGCCGAGUACGUCCAGCUGGUGACGGAGCUGAGGAUGACGCGAGCCAUCCAGCCUCAGAUAAACGGCUUCCUGCAAGGAUUCCACACCUUCAUCCCCCCCUCGCUCAUCCAGCUGUUCGACGAAUACGAAUUGGAGCUCCUGCUGUCAGGGAUGCCAGAGAUCGAUGUGCAGGAUUGGUGCAGGAACACUGAGUACACGAGUGGCUACGACCCUCAGGAGCCAGUCAUCCAGUGGUUCUGGGAGGUGGUGAACAGCCUGACCCAGGAAGAACGGGUUCUUCUGCUUCAGUUUGUCACUGGAAGUUCCAGGGUUCCUCAUGGUGGCUUCGCCUACCUGAUGGGUGGCAGCGGUUUACAGAAGUUCACCGUUUCUGCAGUGCCAUACACCUCCAACCUACUGCCUACCUCUAGUACCUGUAUCAACAUGCUGAAACUCCCAGAAUACCCGAGCCAGGAGGUCGUGAGAGACCGGCUGCUGGUCGCGCUGCAUUGUGGGAGCUACGGUUACACCAUGGCGUAGACAUCCUAUCAUUUGCUGCUGCUGUGAGGGUCUGCAAACUCCUGCAGCACUCUCUCCUCCACAGACACUCUUUUUGUAGUCAAGCGCUGCUUUUGCUGGAUGAAAAAGGGAAAUCCAGAUUGUUAUUACUGAGCUGCUGGAGAGGCCCAACGGACUGAUGGAGACCACAGGUUCUGGAUCUCCAUACCUGUGCCACCACUUCUACUUUUUUGAUUGAAGCUGGUAUCUGGUAAUUUAUGCAAAUAAUAAUUUAAUAUCUUCUAAAUUUAACUAUUUUCAUGCAUACGUUUAUUUAUGAAAUGACAGAAUUUAUACCAUGAAUCGUCUACUUAAAACACAGGAUAAUAAUCACAAUAAAACGUAUUCAUGCAUGCUUA